AUGAGCUCGCAGGAACAAGGACCAGCAGGAGUUUCAGGAAUGGGAUUAGAUCACCCAAAACCAGUAGCAUCCAAUCCACCAAGUACGCAAUUCACCAAUAGACUGCUCGUGGCAUCAGGGACCGCCUUCCUGACGGGUAUCUUUGGUUCGCUCUGGUACCAGGGCCGACAGGAGAAGCGUAAAGGCAUCAAUCGGGGGGCGGCAGGAACACCAGUAGGACCUAGUUUGCAAUCAUUGAACGACCUCAAGAUGGCAGAGUCACUAUUGAAGGAAGGCAGAUUGCUGGGCGUCAAGGCCUUUGCGAUUGCGACGACCAUGUGUAUCUCGGGCGCGUUCCUUGUUGUUGGCGGCACUCGCUGGGCACUUGAUGUGGAAACGAUACCCGAGUUCUCGGCAAAGAUGCGCGAGCUAUUCCCUAAACAAAAGUCCAAGUUUGUGGAUACGGUGGUUGGAGCGGACCGAUCUAUCUUUGGCGAGCCAACAACAACAGAAACAUCAUCCUCGUCAGGGGCAGGAGAGUCAGAUGAGAAGGACUUGGAUCAUGAGGAGGAUGUGAAUAUCUUGGGAAGGAUUGAGAAGGAAUUGCGGCGGUUAGAGACUGAAGAGUUGUCGCUUUUAUCCACAUCAACAGCUGCCCCGCCAAUAGAUGACCAGACUAAAUAA